UGAUGAUAUACUUUAUCAAACCCAUUUAGAAGCAGAAAGCAACCCUUCCUAUACUUUUACCGAAACUGAUAUACACAAUAUAGCAUUAACAAGAUUAGAAGCUAUUUUGAUCAGAAAUAGAUUUCGUCUUACCGAUUUUCCAAACAUGCCUUUACCGCUUUAA